CGCCGAAAAGCCCACCCCCGACACGAGGCAUUAGCGAAGACCCGACCUCCACAGCCAAGGAAGGAGAGGGAUACAGCUUCAACAACUUUUGGAUCACUCUCUCAUCUAACCAGGAACUGUCAACUGGAUCCCACAUAGCAGGAGCUAAACAGCACAUAGCUGAGCUCUUCUGACAACUCUCCCCUCUACUCCUUUCACACCUUCCUCGCAUCGCUCAUUUCAGACUCUCAAGAUGGACAAGGAAAAGCUCGCCAAGCUCCAAGCUCAAGUCCGAAUUGGUGGAAAGGGAACGCCUCGACGAAAGCAGGUCAAGAAGUCUGUUACUUCUACCCAAGGAGAUGACCGUAAACUUCAAGCUGCUUUGAAGAAGCUCGGUGUGCAACCUAUCACUGGAGUCGAGGAAGUCAACAUGUUCAAGGAGGAUGGAAACGUGUUGCACUUCAACGCUCCAAGGGUCCAAGCCGCCUUGCCUGCCAACACACUCGCCAUAACAGGAUCCGGUCAGACAAAAGAAUUGACGGAACUUGUUCCUGGCAUUUUGAACCAGCUUGGACCCGACUCGCUUGCCAGUCUCAGACGUCUGGCUGAGUCUUACCAGUCCAUGACUGCGAGACAAGCUGCUGCCGCUGCUGCUGCUGGAGGUGCAGGUGCCGGGGCCGGAGAGAAGAAGGAAGGCGAAGUUGGAGAUGACGACGAGAUCCCAGACUUGGUGGAGAACUUUGAAGAGGAGGGAGAGAAAAAGGCAGCUGCCGAUCUUGAAGACUUGGAGUAGGCAAGAAAAAAACACUGCCUACUCUCUCUCUCUCUCGAUCUUUUUUUGAGGAAUGCCAUUCUGGACGGGACACGGGCUCUACAAAGUCGGGUCUUGAGACAAGAGAUCACCAUGUAU